UGCCCACCUCUCCCUUGAGAUCACUCGUCUCGCUCCACUCCAAAGCCUAGCCCGGCGUUGCACUGCCGCACGCAAGCCGCGGCGGGCAGCUGCUCAGCUCGAACCCCACCGGCACGUGCCAGGACCCAGGAGGCGGGAGCAGCAGCAAGCCGCUCGUGUCGCCGUCCACCGCGAGAUGGCUCUCCUGCUGAGCUGCGGCGCCGCGCCGGCCGCAGCACGCGCGGGCCCGGCGCUGAUCCGGCCGCCCGCGGGGCCGCUGCUCCCGCCGCGCCGGCGGCCGGCCCGGCUCGUGGCGGUCGCCUCGACGGCGGCUUCCUCCGCGCCGUCCGGCGAGGUGGCGUCGUCACGAGCCCACGACAACGGGGUCGUGGGCGGCGGGAGUACCAACGGCACCGUCUCGCCCACCGCCAAGGCCACCGCCAUCGAGACCACCGUCGAGAGGGUGAUCUUUGAUUUCCGGUUCCUGGCCCUCCUCGCGAUCGCCGGGUCGCUGGCCGGCUCCCUGCUAUGCUUCCUCAACGGCUGUGUCUUCAUCAAAGAGGCAUACCAAGUUUAUUGGUCGAGCUGUGUCAAGGGAAUUCAUUCGGGGCAGAUGGUUCUCAAAGUCGUCGAGGCCAUCGAUGUGUAUCUUGCUGGAACAGUCAUGCUGAUAUUUGGGAUGGGUCUUUACGGGCUGUUCAUCAGCAAUACUUCCAGCGAUGUGCCUUCAGACUCAGAUCGUGCCCUCAAGGGAUCAUCGCUCUUUGGGAUGUUCGCUUUGAAGGAACGGCCAAAGUGGAUGAAGAUCACAUCCCUCGACGAGCUCAAGACGAAAGUUGGGCAUGUCAUUGUGAUGAUCCUUCUAGUGAAGAUGUUCGAGCGGAGCAAGAUGGUAAAGAUAGCCACAGGGCUGGACCUCCUCAGCUACGCCAUGUGCAUCUUCUUGUCGUCAGCUUCUCUCUACAUCCUGCACAAUCUCCACAAGGGCGACCACGAGGAGGGUGCAAUCCCACAAUCUCCAGAUUUGUUGUAGCUAUUGAAGGAAGAACUAGAAACUUUUUGGGCAGAAUUAUUUAUCUCACAGCCUCUGAUAGAUAGCUGCAGGGCACAUGCUUCCAUUACAAACAGAAGAGAUAUUUGCCGCUUGGUUCCGUUGCCAUGUGGCCCCGGGACCCACAUGUCAGUUAGCAAGGGACGGCAGAUAUAGAUAUCGCAGGCUCUCUUUUGUAACUGGAUUAAAUCCAGUCCGCCGCGUACUCCAGUCAGCUAUACACUUUAACAUUUCUUCUUGUUUUCAUUCUCAAAACAUGUCUUCGUGUUUUCUUUCUUCCCAA